AUGGUUACUAAUGAAGAAGGUGAGACUAGUUUAGGAAAUUCACCAAAGUGUUUUUAUGUUUGCCACACUGCACCAUUGCUGAGUCAGCCAAUUGAAAUUGGAUGGAAAGGUAACGCGGACAGGUUCAAGAUAGCUCUUCCGUCGAGGUGCAGUGUGUGCCAGAUUGAGGAGGAGUCUUUGGAACAUGUUCUUUGGAGCUGUAGUGUUGCGAAUCGGGCUUGGCAAUGGCUGACAGGUAUUUUCCAUAUUAUUCCUCAUUUUAACUUGCUUGCUGCUAACAAGGAAGCGAAAGGGCGUAGUAGAAUGGUUAAAGACCUGUGGUUAGUCUCAAUCUUGGUGCUGCGUUCGGAGCUGUGGUACCAAAGGAAUAAGAUGGUCUAUGAAAAAAAGAAGCCUUGCUGGACUUUCUUCAAAAAACGUGUGUUUAACCUCAUUCAUGAGUACUCGGCUAGAAUGACAGGAUGUAUGUUCAACAAGGUAGAAGAUCUUGAGAUUCUGAAUUUUUUCAGAGUUAAAUGUCGUAGGGUGAAGAUGUUAGAGCCUGUUGAGUGUUUUUGGCAACCUCCUAUGCACAAUCAGCUCUUGUUGUGCUGUGACGGUGCCUCUAGAGGCAAUCCAGGGGUGGCGGGAGCUGGUGUGGUGGCGAGAAAUUCUGCUUGUGAAGUGGUUGGGGCGAUGUGUGUUGGUCUUGGAAUUAUUUCCAAUUACAUGGCGGAGUUGUAUAUCAUUCUGAUUGGUUUAGAAUGGGUAGUUCAAUGGGGAUAUCGGGAUGUUCUAGUGCAGACUGAUUCAUCAAGUGUCAUAACAGCUUUGGAAGGGGAUUCUAUUCCUUGGUUUGCUAGACAGAGAUGGUAUGAUGUAAAGGGCAUGUUUGAUUCUAUAAAUUUUGUGCACACGUACCGUGAAGCCAAUUUCGCAGCUGACAAGAUGACGAAGACUGGUUGCUUAUUAGAUAAUGGAGUGAGACUCACUUUUGUUGGUCGUCCUGAUUUGUUAAACUCAAUAGAGUUCACAUAUGUUUCCUAUUUUCGAUUGAAAUAG